AUAUAUAUCUACUGUAUACCCAUCUCUUCUCCACAACAAAUUAAAAGGAACACGAUGCUGAGUCCAAGAUUUGGAAAUUCCUAUGUUAUUAGUGUGAUCUCUAUAGUUCUGAUAUUAGGGUCAGUAGCAGAAAGCAGAGUAGUGAGUUCUAAAAUAGAGAGCUUUGAUUACCCUGCUAUUAAUUGCAGAAAACACAGUGCAGUUCUAACAGAUUUUGGUGCUGUUGGUGAUGGAAAAACCUCUAACACAAAGGCAUUUAAUGCUGCAAUAAGCAAACUUAGCCAAUAUGCAAAUGAUGGUGGUGCACAACUUAUUGUUCCACCUGGAAAAUGGCUUACUGGUAGUUUCAAUCUCACAAGUCAUUUCACUCUUUUUCUCCAAAAGGAUGCUGUCAUUCUUGGAUCUCAGGAUGAAUCAGAAUGGCCUCAACUUCCAGUUCUACCAUCUUAUGGAAGAGGAAGAGAUGCACCUGGUGGAAGGUUUAGCAGUCUCAUUUUUGGAACUCAUCUCACUGAUGUUAUAAUUACUGGUAACAAUGGGACUAUUGAUGGACAAGGAUCUUAUUGGUGGGGCAAGUUUAAAAAGAAGCAAAUGAAGCUCACCAGACCAUACAUGAUUGAAAUCAUGUACUCUGAUCAAAUCCAAAUCUCAAAUCUCACUUUGAUCAAUUCUCCAUCUUGGUUUGUUCAUCCAAUUUACAGCAGUAACAUAAUUGUACAAGGUCUCACCAUUCUUGCACCAGUUACUUCCCCAAACACAGAUGGAAUUGAUCCAGAUUCAUGCUCAAAUGUUAAGAUUGAAGACAAUUUCAUAGUUUCUGGUGAUGAUUGUAUUGCAAUUAAAAGUGGUUGGGAUGAGUAUGGUAUUAAAGUUGGAAUGCCAACACAACACGUAAUCAUUAGAAGACUAACAUGUAUAUCCCCUGACAGUGCUACAAUUGCAUUAGGAAGUGAAAUGUCUGGUGGAAUUCAAGAUGUUAGAGCUGAAGACAUUACAGCAAUCUCAACAGAAUCAGCUGUUAGAAUCAAAUCUGCAGUAGGCAGAGGAGGAUUUGUGAGAGACAUUUUUGUCAAAGGAAUGAACUUGAAUACUAUGAAAUAUGUGUUUUGGAUGACAGGUGCAUAUGGUCAGCAUGCUGAUGAAGGUUUUGAUCCAAAAGCAUUGCCUAAUGUUACUAAUAUUAAUUACAGUAAUAUUAUUGCUAAGAAUGUGACAUUUGCUGGUAAACUUGAAGGCAUUAGUAAUGACCCUUAUACUGGAAUUUGCGUUUCUAAUACGAAUAUUGAAAUGGCUGCAAAUAAGAAGAAACUUCCAUGGAAUUGCACUGAUGUUUCUGGUGUUACAAGUAGUGAUGUGACACCUCAACCUUGUGCUUUGUUGCCACAGAAAGGUAAAUUUGAAUGUGCUUAUCCAAGUGAUAAAUUGGCUAUUGAUAAGGUUCAAUUCAAGACUUGUAACUUCAAAAGUAGUAACCUCUUUUAAACGCAAUUGUUUUUUAUAGUGAGAAUAAUAUAUAUGGAAAAAUAUGAAGUUUUGAAUAUAAAAUGAUAUAGAAUUGUUA